AUGGUGAAUGUCAUGUUGCCACCCAUAAAGAAAGCCAAAAGGAUUCCUCUUCCCAAGCGCUUACUUGAAGGUAAUUUGGAUACAAUACACUUUUGGGUUUAUGAUGAGGCUACUACAAUGGUGAUGAUCAAGCUCAAGAAAAACCAGUUUCGUAUUAUUGAUCCCAAAUAUUUGUUGAAGUUUGGAGAACGUGAUAUCAACACUUUAUCAAACUUUCAGAUUAUCAUAGAGAAUGAAUUAUUUGAAGCUGCCAUGAAAGCUUUCACUGGAAUGGUAGCUACAAUUAUCGACAAGAAGCUGUGGACAGGGGCAUUUGACCUAGCUGAUGUUCAUCUUGUUGAGAAACCUUGA